UUUUUACACUUAUCUACGUAUUUAUAUCUACAUAUAUAUGAACGUAUAUUUCAACACUGCAUGCAUCUUCACUACUUCAAAUGACGGAUAAAAUACCAAAAUAUGUCUGCUUCUGGCCAGAUUGGUAAAUCAUACAGCACGUUUUAUUAACAACUACGGAAUUUAGCACAUAAAUAAUUAGUACAAAGGACACCUGAUGCGGCAUCGCAAUAAUAAAUUACGUAUGAAUAAACGACUACACAAAUACUUAAGAUAAGUUAUAAUGAAAAUUAUAAAAAUCAAGAUAACCCUCUAUAACAAUACCCACUCCAUAAUGGAGAUGUUUUUUUGUGUUAAAUUAAAAUAUUUACGUAUAUAGUUAUACCAGUUACAUAAUUUGGCAUACAAGUUCUUUAUUCCUGCUUUUUGUCAUUUUUAGUGAAAACUUUAUCAGUUUUCGCUUAGAAUGGCAUUUCCAUCAACCAAGCUCCUUUUAAUUUCUACAAUUUUCUGCUUGCAUACAGCAUCCUCCAUUUUAGCGGCAGACCCCAUCAACUUGUCUGAAGGAUCGCCCCAAAAAGUUCGUACAAUUGAUUGCAAAUCCAAAAAUCAGAUAUUCCAAACUCGGGAAGACCCUGAAAAGUAUGGCAUUUCACUUGCACUGCAACAAUUCUCCUGUCCAAGGAGCAAUCCAGGGGCAAAACCGUAUUUGGAGAUUCGAAACGCUGAAAAUGUAAAUUUGACCACUUGGAUUUGUAAUAAUCAAUCACCAACUAAAGACACCGCAAUUGAAGCCAUUAUUGGCUCAAGUUGGUUCAAUGUAACCCGUGGAGUCGACUCCACCCAGAAUUCUGGGUCCUGUUGGACUGCAAAAGUUGUGGGCACCUUGUACCAAAAGAUUUCAAGCAAGGAGAAAUGCACAAAAGGAUAUUUUGAUUGUGGAGUGAGCGAAAAUGGAAAUCGAAGAUGCAUUCACAAAAAACUUGAGUGCGAUAAGAGCCCAAGUUGUGGGGUGGUGGGACGCAAUUUAGAUGAAGUCAAUUGCCGUGGUGAUGACGAUCAUAGCGAUGAAGACAAUGAUGACAGCCACGAGGAAGGUGGUGACCGCGAUAAUGACGACGAUGACGAUGAUGAUGAUGAUGCUAUGAAAAUAUUACCGUAUGCGUUGCCAAUUGGGAUAUUUUUAAUAACACUUCUGGUUCUUGUUGUGUGUUGGCGGAGAUGGAAACAGCAUAAAAUUCAGAAAGUUGGAAAUACUCAUGUGGUCAUGCAAUCUACAGCUCCUACUGAAAAAGAGAUGGAGGCUGCUGGUCAUAAAGAGUUUGUCCAAGUGAUUCCCGAAGCUCAUGGAAAUGACCAAUUUGAAAUAAAUUCUGACCUACCACCGUCAUAUGGUGAAUGUGUGGAUACACAUUCACAAUGUUAAAUUGAAUUUUAAUUUUAAAAAAAUUAUUGACGUGAAAUAAAGAAUUGUAUAUUAAUAGCAAAACUUUUGUUGGAACGUUCAAUAAAAUUUCAAUUUUAUGAACGAUCUCUGAA